UCUGUGAGAUCUCCCUGCCAUUUUGAGGCUGGUGACAGCGUAAAUUAUUUAAGGGAUCACAGGAAUCCGACAAGAUCAUAAGCAGACGGAAACAGGAGGCAAUAACUAGACGAGGAUGAUGUUUGAGGAUAUCAAAGCACACGCAACUGCCUGGCGAGGAAUACUGAGCAUCCUCCUCCUCCUGUUCCUGGUGGUGAUAUACCUGGGAGGUGGUGCCGGAGGCGUACAGGUGAUGGAGUUCCAGAAGGACGGUGUGGCUACCUGGUGGUCAGUGGCUGAGUACAAAGAAAAACUGGACAGAAAUCGGAUGAUGGACUCCGUGACUCUAUGCGGUCGUUUCAAGCUCUUCUUCCUGCAUUCUCGGGGCACAUUCUUCCAGCUCCGCGAUCAGCCGCUUGACUUGCACGCGCAACUUAAGGGCGAGCUGUGGCUGGAUCGCGUGAGGCCGGUCAUCUCCCACCGCUGGAACUUCCAACCACUCGAGAAUAAACUCAGGACUUACAGGUGGUACCACAUUUGCUUUACCUACAACCACACGAACCACAAGUACCACACAUACAUUAAUGGGGAGUUGGUGUACGAGAUGACCUACAACGUGGGACGACCAAUCUACGGGGACUACGCGAGGCUCGGCCAGAACGAGGCUCUCAUGCAGAGCUACAGUGGCGCUCUCUCCCAGGUGAACGUGUGGGACUAUCCUCUGACACAAGACGUAGUGAAGGAUAUAGCGGAGUGCAAGAGUGACCCACAAGGUAACUACAUCUCGUGGGAAGCUGGUUGGACACUUUCCAAUGUCACCGAGUACCAAGUGUCUCUCCCGCACUUUUGCAACAAUACCGAGGAUAAGAUUUACUUCUGGUUCCCUGCCCGGCCUGUAGACUUUGCGUUUUACAUCUGUGAAGCGCUGGGCACGCAUCUCCCUUUGCCCACCACAAUGGAGGAAAUCAAAUUUUGGUUUGAUCUUUCAGCCAAAACCUGGCCUGACUCCACCUACUGCAGAGGGGAUUUUUGGACCCCCUUAACUGACAUAGAGGAAGAAGGUUCCUGGGUGACUCAUUACGAUAACGCUCCGGCACCCAUGCCGGCCUGGAAAGACGGAGAACCUAAUGGCAUUUUCUAUGAGAACUGCGCUAAAAUUGAGCAUAAUGGAGUGGCAGACUACGACUGUCCCACCAACUUCAAAUGCUCCGUCUGUGAGUUUCAGGAGCUGCAGAUCUUCUCAUUUUUGGGCACGUGUGAGGUGGAGCUCCGUAAUAUUAACUUCAUCGCUUAUCAAGAAGAGCUCGGGCACCUUAUUUUUAAAGGCUACGGGGAAUACCACAUCCGUAAGGAAGGAGACGAGUGGCUUUGGGUCAACGUAGUGAAGAACACAACCAUCGCAAGGCUGGACCCAGACGCCCCCAUGGGAAUGCCGAUGGGCCGUCGAGUCUGGCACUUGGAAGCCAAGGUGUGUGACCAGAUGGAGGGACAGCGCACCCUUGCCCUCACACCCUGCCAAGACAACAGCUACACUUGCGAUGACGCCACCUGCAUCCCCCUCGAGAACCGCUGUGAUCUGAAGUACGACUGUCUGGACCACAGCGACGAGGCAGACUGCGAGCUCAUCACUAAGCCAAAUAACUACAAAAUGGAUCUUCCUCCGCGGCCGAGCAGCAAGCACGAGUCCUCCAGCUUACCGGUGGCUCUGGAAAUCAUCAUAGACUCCACAGCCAUCGAAACGACCAAGAUGAACAUGAAGACAACGUAUGAGGUGAGGAUGAAGUGGUUCGACAACCGCCUCACGUUUCUCAACCUGAAGACUAACGACAGCCUCAAUAAAGUGACGCACAGCAGCAUGAUAAGCCUCUGGACACCCGUUGUUGGGUUCAUCAACACGGAGAGUCACCAACACACAAUAGUCGAUUUAGAAACAUCCCUCCACCUGCAGCAGCUUGUACCUUCCAAGCAGAGAGACGGCGGUGCCCCAGGAGAAGUGGUACUGUACCCUGGAGAGGACAACCAACUCGUUCUCUCCAGGAAAUAUAACACUCUGUUCGUCUGUGACUUUGAUCUAAUGCUGUACCCAUUCGACUCCCAGUAUUGCGACAUGCAUUUACGUAUGUUGUCUGCCUCGAGCAACUACCUCGAGUUCAAUGCCGUGGAGACCACCGCUGUGUACAUUGGUAGUAAGAUGCUAUUGGAAUACCACUUGUCACAACCGACACUACAUUAUGACAACAGUGGGGAGUUUAGCGAAGCCAGAGUACGUAUUCCUCUAACACGGCGAUCAGGGUACGCGAUUCUCAAUAUCUACACUCCAUCUCUCAUCCUGCUGGUGAUUAGCUACGUCAGUCUGUUCUUCCGUCCUCACAUCUUUGAGGUCCGCGUGAUGACAACUCUCACAGCACUCCUAGUCAUGGCCACACUUUUUACACAAGUGUCUUCAUCGCUGCCCAAAACUUCCUACUUCAAAAUGGUGGACGUGUGGCUCCUCUUCUGCAUUGUCAUAAGUUUCAUGGUGAUCAUCUUCCAUGCCAUCAUUGACAAUUCUCUGGGUGACUCCAUACCGGGGGUGGUGUCAGACUUGCCGGCAUUAACUAAAGUGUCGCCAUUGUCUCAGUCCCCGUCAGGCCCACGCUCGCCCAAGGCCCUCAGGAGCUACGAGAAGAUCACUACAACUACUGCAGGUCUUAUCACGCUCGCCAGAUACACCACACUCAUACUGUUUGUCUUGUUUAACAUUAUCUACUGGAGUUAUAUCUUUGGUUAGCAUAGAAAUUUGCCUUCAGCAUGGAGGUUAUAAAAAAAAAAAAAGGCUGUAAGGUUUUAAUC